GCGCGGUAGCGGCGGUAGCCAGACCUUUGACACUCCGCGCUUCCGUCAUCGUCGUUCUUUUCCAGUAAAGAUGGCUCCGAAGAAGCCCACGGAGAAGGCAGGUAAGCCUGCGGAAAAGAAGGCCGAGAAGAAGGCUGAGAAGAAGCCAGCCGCAGCGGCGUCCACCGCGAAGGUGACGAAGCCCGCGGCUAAGCCUGCAGCCGCGAAGAAGCCAGCGGCUGCCAAACCAGCGGCUGCCGCCAAACCAGCCGCCAAGCCCGCGGCGAAGCCUGUGCUCAAGCUCGCCAGCAAGCCGUUGAUUAGCAAGCCGAAGAAAAAUGUACAGGCUACUAAGAAGACCCCGAAGGGCGGAAAGCCGGCAGCUCCGCUUCAGAAGGCCCUCAAGGCGCAGAAAAAGAUUCUGAAGGGAGUUCAUGGCUCCAGAGUACGGAAGAUCAGGACGUCCGUCCACUUCCACAGGCCGAAAACCUUCAGGCCACCGCGAAACCCGAAAUAUCCACGAAAAUCUGUACCUAACAGAAAUCGCAUGGAUGCGUUCAACAUCAUAAAAUUCCCGCUGACGACGGAAGCAGCGAUGAAGAAGAUCGAGGACAACAACACCCUCGUUUUCAUCGUGCACACCCGCGCCAACAAGUAUCACAUCAAAGCGUCGAUCAAAAAGCUGUACGACGUCGACGUGGCGAAGGUGAACACCCUGAUCAGGCCGGACGGCAAAAAGAAGGCGUACGUGCGUCUGACGCGCGACUACGACGCACUCGACGUCGCCAACAAAAUUGGCAUCAUAUAAUUUCUAUCUCUCUUUCUGUUUAGAAAUAAAAAUUACGUCUUGUACUGAUAUAAUAAAAAUAUCACUGCGGACA